AUAGGAAAUAGUAAUUUGCGUCGUUGUAAUUUGAAUACCGAAAUUUUUAUAAAACAUAAACGGUUAUUUGACGACGAAAAGAUAUUGAUAUACAGACAACGGUGACGCUACAUGGUAUUGACGCAUUGAACAUCUAAUCGGAAUGAAGAGUUUAUUUUUUACUGUCAAAUCACAGUGAAGUGGGCGGUGCUAAGUACUAGGCGCCAAAACUUAGCCAGUUUUGCUAAUAUGCUGCUUCAUAGCUUUCUAAAAAAAAAAAAACUAGCUCAGGAGCUAAAGAGGCGUAUAUACUGUAUUUAUAGCCUAUAUAUGUUUGUAAAAUAACCAUGGUGGAUAUACUGAAUGUUGUUUUCCAACGUUAUGGUUCACAGCUGCACGAAUCAGGGGAAAUAAAAGUCUCUGUUCAACCUGAGAGCAGCACUUUAGUGGUGGGAGAUGAAAACAUCAACAAGUCGCUGUUAUUCCUUACAGCUAUUACAGCAGCUUCAGAAUUUGGAUUCAGAGUCCUGUUUUUUACACAAAAUCAAAUUCAGAGCCUCCCAGUAACUGUGCAAGAUUCAUUCGCAUCUCUGAAGCCUGACAGUCUGAAGAAAAUCAGGUUUGUGUAUCCCAAGACGUUGGAGGAGUUGUUGGAGGAUGUGGCGUCCCUUCAUGAGCUGGUGCCUGAGACUGCACCACUUCCUUCUUUGCUAAUCUUAGAUGGAGUGGAGCGAUACUUGUGUGUUAAGGACAGGCCACAGCAAAAUUGUCAGAGUGCAACUGCUCACAUUGUAGCCCUCCUGCAUGACACAGCUGCUUUUCUCGAGACCAGAAGUGAACAAAGCCAGCAACUGGCAUGCAGGGUCAUUGUGUCCUAUCAGCCUGAGUGGGAAGGACGAGGAAAUGACACAUUUGCACCGGAUUCUAUCCUCUCUGUCCUGGAGCGCUACCUGCAGGUGAGGUGCAGCUUAUGCAAAGUUAUAAAUAGCGGAGAAGCACAAAAAGAGUGGCUGCUGUAUCUCUCUGGUCAGGGACUCCUAGUCGAUGGCUACGCUAAUGGAGAGAAAUGUUUGGGUUUGCAUUGGCAUGUGGUGAUGAAGCAUAAUGGCACACUGGAGUUCAGGCCAGAAAGUGCACUGAAAGAGGAGACCUCACAGUUAAAAAACUCUGACUGUAAGGAUGAAAAGUGACUAGUUACAUUACACUUGUUUAUUACAUUUUAAUUUUGGAUAUUAAAAGACAUUUGUGCUGCACACUCAGACUCAGUGUACCAAAUAAAUCCUUGUAAAGUGGAAAAAUAAAGUAUGGAUUUUCAUAGUUUUACUAAUGAACCGAAUUAAAUUGUGCCUAGAUAAAGAUUUCAAUUAAUUAGGAUAUAUCUGGUUGUUCAGAAAACACAGACUAUGCCUGGGUGACAGCAUGAUGUGAUAAUCUAUGUUACAAUGAGUGUGUGUGUGUGUAUGUGUGUGUGUGUGUGUCUUGUCAUUCUGGGAGAAAUGGACAUACUUAAACUUUAAGAUUGUAAAAUUGUAAAUCGUUUAAAAAAUCCUUUGGUAUAUAGAUAUGUUUUUAUGAAGUAUUUAAAUGUAAAAUAACUUAUUUUUAACAUUUUUUAAAUAUGAAACACUACUGUAUUCAUGGUUUACAUACAAUGGAUAUCAAAUUUCUACACCCUCUUUUAAAAUUGCUGUUUUGUUAAUAAAAAAAAUUAAAUCAGGAUAAAUCCAUGUAAUUUUUUUCCCACCUUUUAAUGUGUUAUAGCAGCCAACAAAAUGCAAGUGAAAGGUGAAUAGAAUGUUGGGGAAAGAAAAUA